AUGUAUGAAAUCGUGCAGAUUGGUUCUGAGUGCAAUUUAAUUUUAAAAAGGAGUAGUGGAAGUGACGAUCUUGUUUAUAUGGUCCCGUUUGAAGAAUAUUAUACAAAACUAAUGGAAGCACAUACUCAAACUGGGCAUGGGGGCCGUGACAGGAUGAUAUACUAUAUGAAAAAAAAGUGGCGCAUCCCCAGAAAUGCUUGUGAAAUAUUCAACAAUUUAUGUGAAACUUGUAAUCUGAAGAAAUCAAGUAAAAGGAAAGGUGUAGUUGUCAAACCAAUUAUUUCGCAUGGUUUUAACGCACGUGGUCAAGUUGACCUGAUUGAUUUUCAGUCUUGUCCGGAUGGAGAAUACAGAUGGCUCAUUAACUACCAAGAUCAUGCCACAAAGUUUUUACACCUUCGUCCUAUCAAGUCAAAACAUGCAUCUAAUGUCGCAAAAGAAUUAUCAAAAAUUUUCUUCACUUUUGGGGCACCGGCCAUAUUGCAGAGCGACAAUGGUAGAGAAUUUACUGCCAAUGUUAUCCGCGAGCUCGUUUCUAUUUGGCCCCAUAGUAAAAUGGUUCAUGGACGACCUCGUCAUCCACAAACUCAGGGGAGCGUUGAGCGCGCUAAUGCCGACGUCGAAAACAUGCUGCGGGCAUGGAUGGUCGACAAAAAAUCAAAUGAGUGGGCACGAGGCUGUUAUGAAGUUCAGUGGCUAAAAAACACUUCAAAGCACCGCAUAAUUAAUAGAGCUCCAUACGAAGCCAUACUUGGGCCAAUAAGGAAUGGUUUAGCAUGUUUUAAUCUACCUGACAGUGUGACAGAAAAUUUAGAAACAGAGGAAGAUUUAGAAAAUGCUCUUUCCAGUUUCAAAGAACUCCAUGCCAAUCAAGAGGACCUAUCAUCUUCAAGUUCACAAACCUACGAAGAAAAUGGGACUGAAUCAAGAGCACAGGGUCAAAUACAAAAAUUUUGCGGUAUUUGUGAAACACCAAUGGAAGUAAAAGACACCGUUUCUUGUAUGGAAUGCGAUGCUGAAUUUCAUUUUCAAUGCGUGAAUCAAGUUGCUGCAGAUAAAUUUAUUUGUUUACUUUGUGCAAGAGGGAAACACCUACUCGAUGCCCAAGAAGACUGCAACAAAAGGCAAAAAAUUGCAGCUGAGAAAAUGGUAACAUUUUCUCAAGAAUUGUUUCCGCCACUUUCUAUCGGAGAUUGUGUUACCAUAACAAUUCCUUCUGUUGAUCGAGGGCCUUUAGAUUUCGGGAAAAUCUUUGGAAUUAUCACGGACUUCAAAAAUGGAGUAUAUCAAGUAGGAACUGAGAAUGGAGUGAUCAACGUCUGGUUUCCUAGGACCGAAAUUGAAAAAUCAGGAGCUGCUGUGAUGCACCUUCAAGACGUUCAAAGAGAUAUUUCCAUUUCUCUUCGAGAAGCUGCAUCUUAUCAAUCCAGCGGUGGAGGUCAGGGCUACAAAAAAUGUAAUUGUAUGGCUACAAAAAGUCAAUGCUCCACGAAACGCUGUUCCUGCUUCAAGUCAAAAAUUAAAUGUGGUUCACGGUGCCACAAUGCAAAUCCAUGUAAUAAUAAAUAA